AUGUCGUCGCCCUCAGCCCUGUCGGGCACGACGCUCUUGGCGCUCCUCACUUCGAUCCCUCUCCCCUCAUCAGCGGCGGACGAGAUCGUGUCUCUACAUGCUCCCUUCGUCCAGCCGUCCCUCCUCCCACAGGGCCAGCUUGGGAAGUGGCUCGCGCGUCUCAAUAGCGCCGUCACGGCCCGCGAACCUGCCGCGGCGGCACUGGCAGCGAUUGUGAUCGAGCAGGACACGGAGGGGUUCGCUGCCUCGCAGUUCGGGAAGGGGUGGAUGGGGGCGUGUUUGGGCGUGUUGGCAGCGCCAUCGACCACACCGGAGGCUCUCCCCUCUUUCAUGAAGCUGUCAUGUGCGCUUGUAGAUGCGGCGCCGCAAGCUCCCGCGUUCGAGCGUGAGGUUGUCCAGCCUGCGAUGGGCAAGCUUGCCGUCUCCAUGUCCCGUGUUCUUGAGCGAUUGGUAGAGGCCCGCGCUUGGCCUGCGACUUUGGACGCACUGGACGCAGCCCGCGCUCUCAUCACUGCCUCCGCCGCCCCAUUCCGGCCCGCUGCACCGGCACUCCGCGCGCCCAUGACAACGCUGGUGCUCGGCACCUCUGACGCGCCGGAGAGCGUACGGUACGCGGCUGCGCAGACUCUGGCCGUCCUGCACAUGACUGGCGGCAAGGCCGGUGCACCCUCCGCAUGGGGGACGGACAUGCGGGAUGUGCUCGGCGGCCUCGCCGCUGCUUUAGGUGCCAUGACCGCCGAGGCGAUGGAGGAAGAACCGCCUCGCGCGUCCCCGCCGCCGCCGCCUACUUCCAUCCCAACCUUUCCUGUGGACGCGGUGGAGCGUGUCAACAUCUCUCUCCUGGCUGUCGAGGGUUACACUGAGCUUGGGCUUGCUCUCCUCACAACUGCGACUGCGCGACCCGUCCCCGUCCCUCUUGCACAGAUUGUCAGCGCAGCCCUCCGCGCUCUCAACCUGACGUUUGAUACGCCUGUCGCGGCCCACGUCAGCCCGACUCAUCACGCUGCGCUCGCUGCCGCCCUCCCGCGUGUUUGGAGCGCAGGUCUCCUCCUGCUAGGCGGCGCGAUGGCCGCGUGUGCAGAUCACGUGGUGCCACACCUCACCGUCAUUCUCGAGCACACCGUUUACCUCCUUGAGCGCGUACCCGCUCAGAUGGCGGAGGCGCGCCUCCAGCUACUCCGCUUCCACUCCCUCCUCCUCCAGAUCUACCCCGCCGCCAUCCUCCCUGCCGAGUACACCUCUCGCCUCCUCAAGUUCUCCUUGGGUGUCUUGGGGACCCUGCUCGACGCUCGACUCGCUGUCACGUCCGCCACGGGCACCGGGCGGAAGGGGAAGAAGCGCGCGCGUGGUGCAGAGGACGCACUGGUCGGCGGACUCGAGGGCCGGGCGCCCCGUGCCACCUCCCAUAUCGAGGCCGAGAUCCUCCACGCGGCGCUCGACCUCUCGCCAGCCCUCCAUGCCGCUGCACAGCCCGCGUUGCUCAACUUUUCCCUCCGCGUCCACCUGGCUGUUUACGCCGCUCUCGCGGCCCGACCGGCCUUUACCGACCCCUCUUCUUCGACAGCGGUCCGUGGUGCGCUUGACACAGCACUGCAGAACGCCGCGACCCUCGAGGCGGCUGGAACGGCGAGGGACAUCCGCACGCUCCUCCUCACCGUCCUACCUCCCACGGUAGAGAGGAACGCGGCGUUUGAUGCUCUCCUACACCCCGCCCUCCCGCCAUUGUCGCGCCCACUGCCCACGCUGGCGCAGCUGCACAUGUUUGCCCCCGAGAGUGAGGCUGAGCGCAAAGUCCGGCGCGAGCUGGGUUUCCGGGACCCGGAUGACGAGGAGGAAGACGAGGAAGAGGACGAUGACGACGACAUGGCCGUCGACUCCUGGGAGGCAGGGAAUGGGGCCGUACCGGCGCCUAGGGCCCAGAUGCCAGCACCAGCACCUAUUGCGGUCAAGGCUAUGCCCGUCCCACCUCCACAGCCAGUCGCCGUGCUCCCGACAGUGUCAGCCCCCGCCGCUCCAGUGCCAGCACCAUUCACGGUGCCCAUUCCUCUCCCUGCUGCAGCUCCGUUUGCAGAGGUAGUGUCUGCUGCACCUGAACCAGCUCCCGCGCCCGCUGUGCCGUUCAUGUCGAGCAGUAAAUCUGCUACGCCCGCGCCCGCGGCGCUGGUGCCGGUUCAAGUGGCAGUUACGGAGGAGGACGCUGACUCGGACGAGGAGAUCCCCGACCUCGACAGUGGGAGUAGCGACGAGGAUGAGUAG